AUGAAAAGCAAAAUAAAUAUAUUAAAAGAUAGUAACAUAAAAACAUUCAAUACAUGUUUUGAUAAUAUAGAUUUGAACUUAGCUUCUUUAAAAAACCAAAAUUUGAAAAAUGGACCAGAAUUUUCUUUUUUUUAUGAAUAUGCACAUGAUAGACCAGUACUCUCUCUCUCCUUAGACGAAAGUGGAACUUAUCUGGCAACAGCUAGUGCAGAUCAUUCAAUACGUAUACACAAUCUAAAAAAUUUAUCAACAAUUAAAGAAUUAUAUCAUAAAAAGUGCGGUCAUUAUGACUGGGUAAAUGAAGUAUUUUUUACUAAGAAAAAUGAAGUUCUUUCAGGAGGAUUAGAUGGAAAAAUAUGUUUAUGGAAUACUACGUACUCUUGUAAAAUCCCUAAAAUAAAUAAAAUUAUGAAAUGUUCAGAAUAUUUAGAACAACAAAGAAAGGUUAGAGAAGUAAAAUUUAAAGCUUCUAAUAAUAUGAUCUCUUGUAAAGAAAUGUAUGCACAUCAUUCUACAAUUAGUGAUAUGAAAUUUGAUAAAACAAAUGAAAAAUGCAUUACUAGUAGUUAUGACAAAACACUAAAACUUUUUGACAUAAAAAAAUUCCGAGAAAUAUCCACUUACAAAGGUAAUCAUUUUUACCCAAUAACCAAAUUUUUAUGGCUACAAAAUAAAAUUAUAUCUGGAGAUAAAAAUGGAACAAUAUGCGUUUUUGACAUAGAAUCAUGCCAAGAAAUAUUCAAUGCAAAAAGUACACACAAUGGCAACAUAGGAGCAAUGAACUAUUUUUAUUUAUAUAUGAAUGAUAAUGAAACUUUCAUAACAGAUCCUAUUUUAAACAGAGAAAAAAAAAAUUUUUUUAAUUUACAAGGAAAUGAUUAUGACAAAAAAAAUAAUUCAAAAAAAGAUAUUGAGAAAUCUAUUAAUCGUGACAAUAUUAAUACAGUAAAUUCAGAUAAUUUAUAUGGUACAAAUAACAAUUAUUUAAAUUUAAAUAAUGAAAAAAUACCUUUAAUAGUAACGGGAGGUCAAACUGAUGGUACAAUAAAAGUAAGAGAUUUUCGAAUUUUUCAUAAAUAUAUAAGCUGUAAAAAAAUCCAUACAUCCAGCAUUAAUUGUAUUAUAACUUACAACUUAAAUAAUAAAACGUAUAUUAUUUCGUGUUCAGCCGAUGGUUUUUGUUAUCAAUUUGAGAUUCAAAGUAUAUGUUCUUCCAAUUUGAAUAAUUACUUGAAAAAAAUAUGUGUUAAUGAGCCUAUUUUAUCAGCAAGAUAUAUUGGAAAUCACUUAAUUUUGGUUGGUUCAUCUUUUGGAAAUUUAUUUUUGUUGGAUUUUUCUGAUUUUUCAGAAAGAAAAUUAACAGAACAACAAAAAAAUUUAACUGACAUAAAUAAUAUAAAUGAAAAUUUUAACAAUUUUAUUGAAAAACCACAUAUAUUAUAUGAUAAAACCAAUAGAAAUAUAUUGUGGGCUUUUGGUGCCUGUAAAAAAGGAGGAAUUAAUUGUAUAGAAUGUAUUUUUAUUUAUGAUUCUAAAAAUUUACUCAAAAAUGAAUUAGAAAUUUAUAGUAUUAUAGCAGCAGGUGAUGAUGGUAUCCCAAGUUUUUUAUAUAUACCUAACUCUUUUACAUAA